AUGAGAUCAAUGAGAUCAAUGAGAUCAAUGAGAUCAAUGAAUGAGAUAAAUGAAAUCAAUGAGAUCAAUGAGGUCAAUGAGAUCAAUGAGAUCAAUGAGAUCAAUGAGAUCAAUGAGAUCAAUAAGGUCAAUGAGAUCAAUGAGAUCAAUGAGAUCAAUGAGAUCAAUGAGAUCAAUGAGAUAAAUGAAAUCAAUGAGAUCAAUGAGGUCAAUGAGAUCAAUGAGAUCAAUGAGAUCAAUGAGAUCAAUAAGGUCAAUGAGAUCAAUGAGAUUAAUGAGAUCAAUGAGAUCAAUGAGAUCAAUGAGAUCAAUGAGAUCAAUGAGAUCAAUGAAAUCAAUGAGAUCAAUGCAAUUGAUCUCAAGAUUCUCAAUACAAAAGUUCUGGUUUUAUUUCUCCUUGUUACACAAAAUAUAAAUGUUAACAACAACAACAACAACAACAACAACAACAUCAACGACAAUGAGAAUAUGAAUAUGAACACAAAUGCAAAACGCCUUUUUCGUUCCAUUCAACAGUUUGUGGAAAAUAGCCUUUACAGGAAAUUAGAAAAAGAGGAAACAUCAACAUCUCAAACCACAACCACACCAGUUCUAAGAACAACAACCACACCACUGGAAACUGCAACAGCCACAGCAUUACUUACAACAACAGUGAUUUCAAUUUUGGAAACCUCCAAAAAGUCUGAAUUUGAAAUAGUUAAUCAAAAUACAGAAGAUAUAAACAUGAAUAAGGAAACGGAAAGGAAUAUUGUGAAUCAACUUGUAGAAAAAUUAGGAAUAAUGAAUAUUCUUGUUAUUUGA